AUUAGCCUGUUUUCUAUACCUCAUACUAAAACAGCUAGCUAUGGCCUCUAGUGUAAGACAAAACUUUCUAACGAUUUUUGUGGCCGGACUUCUCGCGUUAGCAGUGCCGGAAUUUGUUGUGGGUCAGAACUGUGGUUGUGCUCCAGACCUGUGCUGUAGCCAGUAUGGAUAUUGCGGUAGCGACAGUGCCUAUUGCGGCGCAGGGUGCCAAGAAGGCCCUUGUUUUGCACCACCUAGUCCUAAUGAUGUUUCAGUUGCUGAUAUUGUGACGGAUGCUUUCUUCAAUGGGAUUGCUGAUCAAGCUGGCGCUAAUUGUGCCGGGAAAGGCUUCUACACACGAGCUGUAUUUCUUGAAGCACUCAAUUCAUAUUCACAGUUUGGCAGGAUUGGUUCCGUUGAUGAUUCUAAGCGUGAGAUUGCCGCUUUCUUUGCUCAUGCCACUCAUGAGACUGGACACUUUUGCUAUAUAGAAGAGAUAGAUGGUCCUUCUAAGGACUACUGUGAUGAGACUAACACACAGUAUCCAUGUGCACCUAACAAGGGUUACUAUGGCCGAGGUCCUAUUCAGCUAUCAUGGAAUUUCAACUAUGGGCCAGCCGGAAGGAGCAUAGGAUUCGAUGGACUAAACAAUCCCGAGAUUGUGGCCACGGACAACCUUGUGUCCUUCAAGACCGCCUUGUGGUAUUGGAUGAAUUUCGUUCACUCUAUCAUAACCUCAGGCCAAGGGUUCGGAGAAACCAUUCGCGCCAUUAAUGGCCAACUUGAAUGCAAUGGUGCAAAUCCUGACACUGUAAAUGCCCGUGUCGCGUAUUACACAGAUUAUUGUAACCAAUUUGGUGUUUCACCUGGUGAUAAUCUGCGGUGUUAGGAUACAAGGUUCCAUUAGUAUGGUUAUUUUUUUUCCAGCUCCUUUUUGUAUUUCGCCAAGGCGUAUGACUUGGGAUUUGACAAUAAAGAAUAAUCA